GGAAAAAGGAAAAAAUAAAAUCUUCAAAAAAAAAAAAAAAGGAAAGAAAGAAAAUCAAUUAAGGUGAGGGGAUAGAGUGACUGGGAGUGGUAGAGAAGGCCGUUUUAGGUAGGGUAGGCAAGGGAAGUGUCACUGAGGAGGAGGUAGAUGAUCUGGGACCUGAUGAGGGGAGAGAAGCAGCCCUGUGAAGAUGUGGGGAAGACUGUUCGAGUCUGAGGAGGAGCAAGUGUGUAGGUGCUGAGGGUGAGCGAGACCUGGAGGAGCUGUGACGGCAAACAAGGGCAGAAGGGCAGGCCCGGUGCAGGCCCCGCGUGGCAUUAUGGGCCAAGGAAUAAUGAUGCUGCCCAAACCUGGGAUCUAUUACUUUCCGUGGGAGGUCAGUGCCGGCCAAGUUCCUGAUGGGGGCACGCUGAGAACAUUCGGCAGGUUGUGCCUCUACGACAUGACCCAGUCCCGAGUGACCCUGAUGGCUCAGCAUGGGUCUGACCAGCACCAGAUCCUCGUCUGCACCAAGCUGGUGGAGCCAUUCCAAGCCCAGGUGGGCUCCCUGUACACGGUCCUUGGGGACCUCGAGCACCAGAAGAACGGAGGUUCUGUGGUGAAGGCCCGCGUGCUGACUUGUGUGGAAGGAAUGAAUCUACCCUUGUUAGAACAAGCCAUCCGGGAGCAGAGGAUGUACCAGCGAGAGAGGGACAACAGCCAGUAGGAAAUGGAGACUCUUGGCAACCCCCCCAUCGGACCGCGGCUCCUGGGGCCAAGCCCACUGGAGAUGCCGGAGCUGCUGCAGAGAAGAUACAGGAGCUUCCCCAGAGUGACGGCCUUUUCUGGAGCCAGAGAGACGAGGGGAGGGAUUAUUAAUUUGGGAUUGUCCCAGAAAUGAGAACCCACAGAGCAAGCACCAAAACCAGACAGACCCCCGACCCCCAAGGAGACCGCAGGAGGCCGAGCUCUGGCGUGCUGGGGGCUGUGCCUCGUGUGGGGUCACCGCGGGUUCCAGAAAGUCCUCGUGAAUAAAGGCCUCAGCAGCGA